CAACGAGCCCAAUCAUCACCCCUCGCGGUCUUUGCCCUUUGGCCUUUGUCGUUUGCGCGAGGCAGAACAGAAGGAGCGCCGCAACAGCAGCCGCAACCGGAGGGGCAAGGAGGAGGAGGAGGGAUCCGAUGGCCGAGAUCGACACCGACGUGAUCGAGGUGACCUUCGGGGACGACGUGAUCGCCACCACCGUCACGUCCUCCGGCGAGGCCGUGGAGGCCUGGCUCGCCGAGGCCCGCGCCGCGCCCGGCAGCCCCGUCGUCGGGCUCGACGUCGAGUGGCGCCCCAGCAGGCGCGCCGACGAGAACCCCGUGGCCACGCUGCAGCUCUGCGUCGGCCGCCGCUGCCUCAUCUUCCAGCUCCUCCACGCCGACCGCGUCCCCCGCGCGCUGGCGGAGUUCCUCGGCGACCGCGGCGUCCGCUUCGUCGGCGUCGGCGUGGCGGCGGACGCCGAGCGGCUUAGCGACGACCACGAGCUGGUGGUGGCCAACGCGGUGGACCUGCGGGGCCUCGCGGCGGAGGGGAUGGGCCGCCCGGACCUCCGCCAGGCGGGGCUGCGCGCCGUCGUGGCCGCCGUCAUGGGUGUCGACCUCGUGAAGCCGCGGAGGGUCACCAUGAGCCGCUGGGACGCGUCCUGCCUCAGCUACGAGCAGAUCAGGUACGCCUGCAUCGACGCCUUCGUCUCCUUCGAGGUCGGCCGCAAGCUGCUGGACGGGGAGGCGGCGGUGGCCGAUCCAGUGGCUCCAGCCGCCGAGGCGGCGGCCGAUCCAGUGGCUCCAGCCGCCGAGGCGGCGGCUGAUCCAGCGGUUGCCGCCGUCGCAGGUGCGGUGGCCGCCGUGCGACUGCAGUAAAUCUGCAUUGCUUAAUUCUAGCCUGAUUCCACAAAAAUUCGGCCCGGUUCGUCUAGAUUGGGUUGUUGACUGCAUUUUAAGUUGCAUAUUUCUCGAAUUCACCUUUAGAAUUCAAGCCAAGGUCCUGCUUCUAGGUGUUUCUGUGACUGAACAAUCGAUGGGGCAGUCGUGGAGACUGGGACUGGCAGGGGGGUUUCGCUACUGUGAUCGAUGUAGUCGUUGUUGGAUGUUGCCUGAGCAGGCAGAAGAUUGUGGUGAUUAAUCAGGUGCUGGUAUCAUUGAGCAGGUCUUUUGUACAUGUCGCUGCGCGUGGAUGCUCGAUUGCACGAGACCUUCCUCGCUGCUGUGCUGCAAUGUUGCUGCCGUGCUUGCUUGCUA